AUGCCGCCCAAGCAAAGCCUCAAAACGGGACCUACGCAGGGCACCCGAAGCCGUCACCCAUCUCUAGAUCCGGGGAUAAGUGACGAACCUAGCAGUCAAGGAGACGAGCGAUUCAGUACGCCUGACCCAGACAAGCAGCUCACCUCACCCUGCAACUACAAUCAAGCAAUCAGCAAACCACCCUUCAUAGAGAGAAUAGGACAAGCAGCAGUAGACAACAUGGAGCAAUAA